UUUUGUAGUUGAAUUUAAAAAGAAAUAAACAAUACGUUGAAUAAAAUGCAACAUUUAACCAAUGGACAAAUAAAUCAAAGACGUACUGUAAACCUACUGUACACUGACUGCACACCCAUAAUAAAAAUAUAGGCGAUGUAACAAUAUAAUUAACGUGUCUAAACAAACUCUGCGUUUUUUCUGUUAUUGUUCGUAUUAAGAUGUAUCUAAAUAAGCACUUGUCUCAGUUUACUGGAUGUUACAGAUCUGCAAAGUGGAGCUCAGAUAACGCCCCACCCCUAACUCUUCGGCCUUGAGUCUGAAGCUUUAGGGCUGUUCUCCUUACGGUAUCUUAAUAUUAAGGAUACAGUAGGCAGCUCUUGGCACCUUAAUUCCCUCAUUUUACAUUGGCAUUUGCUAUUUACCAAUUGUCGUGUCACUUACGCACGACAGUCAAGCCAGCCUGUAUCAAAAUAAUGUGCUUUGCUACUUCGUAACGAACUCACGAUGGUUGAAAAAUGUUUCUGUGGCUCUUAACACUUUCGGUAACGUUACGCACUCUGCUGAAUACUGUAUGUGAUGCAAACUGUAUGUAUCUAUAGAACCUCUAGAACACACAGGAAAGCAGUUUCAGGACUUAUCCAUCUUCUCAUUUCUUUUAAAAAUACACCGCGUCUUUUUUAUUGGUACGCUGACAUUUGUUCUACCAUCUGAGAUUCUUCACCAAUAUUUGCUUGCAACUGGACCCUUGGGAUUUGGCUUUUGAUGAACUUUUUUUUUUUAGAAAUACAGUAACACGAUUCGUCGUUAUUGAGUUGUCAGAGUGAUGCAUAUACAGCAAAUACACCAGGGUGCUUCGCUUUAUAGGUGAGCAUUAACAGUAUUUGACUAAUGCCAUUCCGGGCGUUAAAAGGCAACGCUGCUCAGAAGGCUGUUAAAACGUCAUGACAGCUGAAAAGACUAUUCCAGUAAUUAAUGGAAAACCGGACGAGGGAAUGGACCCCGAAGCGUCAAACACCAAUUUAGUUCGCAGCAAUGACAAGAAAGUGAACGAGAGGGGUCACUGGAAUAAUAAGACUGAGUUCGUGCUCUCCGUCGCAGGGGAAAUCAUUGGACUGGGCAAUGUGUGGAGAUUUCCUUACCUUUGUUAUAAGAACGGAGGGGGUGCCUUCCUAGUUCCAUAUGUGAUAUUCUUUAUCUGCUGUGGGAUUCCAGUAUUUUUCCUUGAAACUGCUUUGGGACAGUUUACUAGUGAAGGAGGUAUUACCUGCUGGAGGAAAGUGUGCCCACUUUUUGAAGGUAUUGGAUAUGCCACUCAAGUCAUUGAGGCACAUUUGAAUGUGUAUUAUAUCAUUAUUUUGGCAUGGGCUAUUUUUUACCUGUUUAAUUGCUUCACCACUGAUCUGCCAUGGGCAUCCUGUGGACAUGAAUGGAAUACAGAAAACUGCAUGGAAUUUCAGAAGCUGAAUUCUAGCAACUGCACAGUCAACCCCAAUGCAACAUCGCCUGUCAUUGAGUUUUGGGAAAGACGAGUUCUCUCCAUAUCAAGUGGAAUUGAUCACAUUGGAAAUUUACGAUGGGAACUUGCUCUCUGUCUUCUCUUGGCUUGGUUCAUAUGUUAUUUUUGCAUUUGGAAAGGCCCCAAAUCUACUGGAAAGGUGGUAUAUGUCACUGCUACAUUCCCUUAUGUGAUGCUAAUGAUCUUAUUGAUACGAGGAGUUACUUUGCCUGGAGCUUCUGAGGGGAUUAAAUUCUACCUGUACCCUGAUAUCUCUCGCCUCUCUGACCCGCAGGUGUGGGUGGAUGCAGGAACUCAGAUCUUCUUCUCGUACGCAAUCUGUCUGGGCUGUCUCACUGCACUAGGAAGUUAUAACAGUUAUAACAAUAACUGCUACAGGGAUUGUAUUAUGCUGUGCUGUCUGAACAGUGGGACCAGUUUUGUGGCUGGUUUUGCCAUUUUCUCUGUGCUGGGAUUCAUGGCCUAUGAGCAGAAUGUUCCUAUAGAAGCAGUAGCAGAAUCAGGACCUGGUCUGGCCUUUAUUGCUUACCCUAAAGCCGUCACGAUGAUGCCUUUAUCACCAUUAUGGGCAACACUGUUCUUCACGAUGCUCAUCUUUCUCGGAUUAGACAGCCAGUUUGUCUGUGUGGAAAGUCUGGUGACAGCAGUAGCGGAUAUGUAUCCUAACAUGUUCCGAAGGGGACACCGAAGAGAACUCCUGAUUCUUGCUCUGUCGGUGGUUUCGUACUUCAUUGGAUUGAUAAUGUUGACAGAGGGUGGGAUGUAUAUUUUCCAGUUGUUUGAUUCAUAUGCAGCCAGCGGAAUGUGCCUGCUGUUCGUAGCAAUCUUUGAGUCUAUAUGUAUAGGCUGGGUAUACGGAAGCGAUAGGUUCUACCAAAAUAUUGAAGAUAUGAUUGGAUAUAAGCCAGUGUUUUUUAUUAAAUGGUGUUGGAUGUUCUUAACUCCAGGCAUCUGUGCGGGAAUCUUUCUGUUUUUCCUAAUUAAGUACAAGCCUCUAAAGUACAACAAUGUUUAUGUGUAUCCAGACUGGGGAUAUGGGAUAGGCUGGAUGAUGGCUCUGUCAUCCAUGGUCUGUAUUCCUCUGGGCAUUAUCUUCAAACUCUGGACAACAGAAGGAACCUUUUCAGAGAAAAUUAAAAAGCUAACCACUCCGAGCUCAGAUCUGAGAAUGCGAGGUAAACUUAGUGGGAGCUCAUUGUCCUAUGCAGUAAAUGACUGUGAUGCCAAACUGAAAGGGGAUGGGAAUAUCUCCACUAUCACAGAAAAAGAAACACAUUUCUGAAAACUACUACAAAAAGGAAGUGAAAUGACUUGUUUUUUUAUUUUUGUAAAAAGAAAUCAAAUAUAGAGACACGCUUGUUUUGCAAACUAUUAACAAGUUCAUUUUUAAAAUAUGCAUUAUGACAUAAUUAAAAAGGUGACAUUUUGUUAAUUGUAAAAAUAAAUGAUAAUAUAAACAUUUCAUGAUAUUAGUAUCCCAUUGUAAUACCUGUGACACUAGUAAGUAUUUACUGUUAGAAUGAUAUCUAUGUAAAAUGUGUUGUAAAACUUUUAUACCUUUGAUUAUUAUUGAAGAACUCUGUAUAGAUACAGUAUGUUUCUAAUUUGUAGAUCUACUCAGACCAUUCCAAAUUUAAAUGUAUGUCUACGGGUUGAGAGAUGAUUGUUUCCCCUGCUGUGGGGAAAGACCUACUGUAGUGUAAUUCUUGGGUACAAUUCCUGUUCUUGUGCUUAGUCCUUCUUCAUCAGCAUUUCCAUUGUUUGCUAUCACUCGCAGGGCGAGUUUGGAGAAUACUAUUUUUCCUAGAAAUUUUAUAAGACAGGAUUCUUACAUUACACAUGAUUAAACUGAGUUUAAUCAACGCUGACAGUGGUAAUGCAGUUUUCCUUGAUUUUCUUCAAACUGUGGCUCCGAUUACUCAUUUUAACAUUUGAAAGUCAUCUUUCUUUUAAAAAAAAGGUUCAGAUUGGUGUACCACAUGACUUUGACUUUGUUUAAUUUUUCUAGUACUAGCCUCAUGUGCAUUAUUAUAUUCAGGGAAAAAAAAAAUAGUUUGGUUAGUUUUAGUCAGUUUGCACCGGGUUAGGAAACCUCAUCUCAGGAUGAUGAUGCUUCAAGCACAUCACUGAUGUUUAUUUGUGUAGCAGGAGCAGAGCUGCAACGUAAAGAAUUUACUAAGAACUCUGUACACAUGCAUACUCCUUUGGUGUGGUCUACCCUCUCAUGCAGUUUUAACAGAAAAGUUUUGCUUGUAAAUGUGCGCACUUAACAUCCAUUUAACAUUUUGUUGUAAUUUUUAAACAAUUCUGGAAAUUUUGUGUACUCUCACCCAAGAUGAAAACUUUUUUUGAAAACAAAAAUGUCUGUGAAGACUUCUGAUAUGUUAUACAGCAACUUGUCUUUUUGAAGUUUGUUUGUUGUAUGUACUGUAUGUUUUACAUACAGAUUUUGGUGUUCAUAGGGCACAAGAUUUUAUUGUCUGCUUACAUUUAAAAAUAAAUAUUAAAAAGGAAAGAAAAUUAAUGUUCACUAGCUCUUUCUGUGCCUGUGUAGGUUUAAAAAUAGGAUAAAGUCCAAUGAUGUACUAGUACAUAAUUUUGUUUAAUAAAUGUUUUGCAUUUUUGCAUUUUUGUUGUAUAGAUUGUGCUACCACAUCAAGCAAAAUGCAUUGGUCUGUUCCAGCUCUAUAAAUAAGUAAAACUGAAAAUGCAAUUUCUUAAUUGCAGUUUCUUUGCAUUCACCUAUCUGAGUUUCAAGAUGUGAAAUGUCUUUAGCUCAUAUCUUAGAGCCCACUGAAACAGAUGAUGUGUAUCAUCCAUUGGUUUUCACCAGUUCAAGUUGUUUCAGUGUGGCAGAUUCUAGAUGUGCGCUUUUUUCUUGAUUUAAAAAUUUACAGAAUUUCGGAAGUCCACCCUUCUUGUGUAAAAUCAUGUUUGCAACAUUAAUUGGUUAGCCCCUUCAAAGAGUGGUUGAUUUCUCAUGGAAAGUAAACAUGUGAAUGGUUCCCUAAAGAUGAAUUUCUAAGAAGCAAUCCUGAAAAUAAAUGAACUUAAUCAACUGUUUCGUGCACCACUCUGAGAAACGUCUUUGAUAGUAUCAAGAUGCACUUUAAAUCACUAGUGAUUCAUCAGUAUACAACAGUAUAUGAUGCAGUUCUUACUGUUAAUGCAAGUUUUAUUUUAAUGCAAAGUAGGAACAAGAGGAUUAUAUACAGAAAAUCCUUUUGGCCCUUAAACAAUUAUCUGCUUUUUCUGAAUCGACCACAAGAAAUGCUAUUGCCUUGUUUUGGGUUAACCGAAGGGUGGGUUCCCUGGUUUCUUCUCCUUUUGAGAAGAUCAGCAUUGUAAAAAGAACUAGAAAAAUAUAACUAUAAAGCAGCAAAGGUGGAAAAAUGAAUACUUUAUUGUUUUAUUAAAGCAAUGUUAAUGUGAAGCUUUUAGCUUUCUGCAUUGCAAAAUAAAGAGGAUGAAUGUACAGUAGUAGCUUUUGGCACUGUUUUUCUCUUGAGUGAUGAAUAACAAAAGGUUUUCUGUUUUUCUUAAAAAUCUAAAAUAACACGUUAACACAUAUUUAAUUUUGAAUAUAUUGUCAUUGAAAAGAUGAAUGUUAUUGAUUUUGUAUGAAGUUGUUUAAAGAAGUAAAGACUUAUGAGAUUUACUUAUUUUGCAUAUAAAAUAUAUCUUUUAUGUAGUGUUUUACAAACAUGAAUGUAAGGAAAAACGAAAGUGUGUAACUUGAAAGUUUGUUAACUCUAACGGAUAGUUUAACACAUCAGUAAAUUGUGUAUGUAACCUCAACCUACUGAAUUACUACAUUAAUUGCUCUGACUGAUUUGCUAUUUUGUUGACUUCAACUUUAAUUCAUGAGAUUUUCCUGGAUAUUCUUGAUAAUUUCCUUACUUAGUGGAUUGACUGUUCAUAAAGAAUGUUUUCAGUUACAUUUUAGUAACAGUUAUGUCCAGAACAAGUGAUAUUAAACUCAGAUUGACUCUAUUGACUGAGUCAACUUCCAUAAAAUACUGAAACUGAGAAUAAGGCAAUGGUUGUGCUGAUGUUUGUGAACACCAAGUUUACAAAUCAACCAUUACAAAUAUUGUGAUAAUAUUCAAAUAGAUCUUAAGUGGCUUGGGCACAAAAUAAAUCUUUUGGUGGGAGGACUGAAUUAUUUAAUUAACGAUGAUCUUUUCCAAGCUGUCAACACAAAACCUGCUUGGAGAAAAUGGGAGUUUGUAAGGAACUUUUAUACACAGGAAGUGCAAAGCUAUGAAACUUGAGAUUUUUUGUUUUGUGUUCGCUGUUUCAAAUUUGGUCAUUACACUGGCGAUUUACUAUCUUUUUGUCAUUAGAAAAUGUGAUUGUGAAAGGUUUGUUGGUGUCAAAACUGCUGUUAGUUUCUAAAGAGAGAUUUACCUGUGAAAAACAAAAGUAAAACAUUGUAUUAUUUGAAACUGCA